GACAGCCUCCAGUACAACGCUCAUUGACAUCAUGGAGAGCGACCAACUUCGAUCUCUUGGAAACACUCUCAUGGAUAGCUCUUUGUCCUCGAUCGAGGUUCUACCGGGUGGGAUUGAGGAAUGGGCCGGCGUCUCUUGGAACAAAGAAUCUCGAAUGUCUCCUGAAUUCCCCUUCGUGUGUCGAGACGGCAAUCUAGGCGUUCCAAACAAGGUGUUGAUGCGGCUUUACAUGCUCGCGUCGCGCUCUCUCAACAAUGGCCAAGCACCACUAGAAUCAGUGUCUCAGAUCGCAUUCACCAGUGCUAUCCUUCUGGCCAAUCCCGCUCACCAGACGGCUCUUAAUCUCCGUAAACGUCUCAUCAUGAUGGGAACGCUGGGGAUCGAGGAGGAGAUGUGCUUCACCCACAAGUUGUUAUCCAGCUCCCGGACUUGCGCCAAAGAGUCCAUCCUCUGGGCGCACAGACGUUGGCUAAUCGAACGGCUAUACCCACCUUCCGACUCGUCUUCGCCAAUUCUCCCAUCCGAUAUCAGUUGCGAGUUACAACUGAUUCUACGAUGCUGCGAGCUCUAUCCUCGCAAUUAUCACGCAUGGACACAUUUCCAUUUCGUCUUCCACUGCAUCUUUAUGUCUAUGGAGAGGGAAAAUGGGGUGGGCCCAUAUUCUGUCUCAUUAGUGGAGCACCUGCAAAUCUUGCGACACUGGAUAGAAGCACACGUGUCAGACCAUUCCGCGAUUCAUCAAUUCUGCAACGCAGCAUCGAUUCUAUGCUCUCUCAAAGACAUUGAUUGCUGCGAUAUACCCGGCUUGCAGGACUUGCUCACCCCCGGUUGGCAUCUUGACCAUGUCGCGGCUCUGCUUGGUGAUUACCCCUCACACGAGUCACUGUGGUUGUAUCUUCGCGGUAUCGUGGCUUUAGAACCCAAAUCACUCACACCCUUGGCGAUAUCUGCAACUGAAAACAUGGACGGAGAAUUUAGGACACGGUUCUUGGCAUGGUUGCGCAGGAUGUGAUGACGAGAUAGUGCUGAGUACACAUCACUGACGUUAGUAACGUGACCGCGCGGCUACGUGUAAAGCACACCCUUGAUCUCAUUUCUCAUUUCCCUGCUCGUCUUCGGAUGGUUUAAAAGCUUUGCUUUCGAAUUGCUGUCUGUUUCUUAUCAUGUCGAACCGCACACGACUCUCCGGUUCCGGAUGUAUCAUUUGGCUCACCAUCGGGUUGAUUGCUCUCGCUGCGGUCGCCUGCGCACAGAAUGACAGGUUGGACUCCACAACGGGAAAACCUCCGAAUGAUGUAUCACUUAAGGAGAAAAUUGCCAAAGCCGACCUUGAACAGGCGGCGGAAGCCUCGCGUGCCUAUCGACAGGCAAUGCAAACAUUAUCCACAUUGACUGCACAUCCUCCGUCUCACACUUACGGUUCUGGUCCACAAAGCUCCAAAUCACCCUUCUCGUCGUUGUUUCCCAGCCUCCAGGGACAGGGGCCCCUGGGAAGCGCGACACGCAUCAUUCUCAAGCUGCAGCGUCAAGUUGUUGGUGGCGUUCUGGUUGCACUAGGGAAGGAAUCGAAGUCCAAGCGUGAAGAGGGGAAAGGAAAAGCUAUUAAGGUGGUAGACUUGCUCCAGCAUUCUGCUGAGUUGGGGAACGCAGAUGCUUUGUAUACCCUGGGGCAUGUUUCUCUGUUUCCUCCUUCCAAUCACUUUCCUUCCGACCCUCAACUCGCCUACGAUUCCUUCGCGGCACACGCGUCCAUAACAGGCAAUGCGUCGUCUCAAGCAUAUCUGGCCUUCUUUCACGCCAGUGGCUACAAGCAAAUCGUUCCUGUGGACCAAGCAAGAGCACAACUAUACUACACAUUUGCGGCCAAUGGUGGAGACAAAGGGGCGCAGAUGGCACUGGCAUAUCGGUACUGGAGCGGGAUCGGCACUCUAGAAAACUGCAAUCGCGCAGUGGACUGGUAUGCGCGCGCGGCGGAUCAAGCCAUGGAGACCUUCAAAGCCGGACCUGUUGGUGGACGAACACUGCCUCGAACUCAUACCAGACUGUCUGAUCUUGAGGGUGGUGUCUAUGGUCCUGGUGCCAGUGUAGCCUCGACGGGUCUAAACGCUCAGAAACCUGCCAUUCGCGCAGGUUUGUCUCGUGCUUCGGGUGAAACAUGGGAAGAUAUUCUGGACUACUACUUGUUCAAUGCGGAUAGACGCGAAUUAGACUUCGCAUAUCGCCUGGGCAAAAUCUUCUACCACGGCAGCAUCUAUCAAUCUCGUGGUGGUAUCGGCUCUGGGAGCGAGGGCGUUGGUGCUGUUCCACGUGACUUCGAGCGCGCCCGACACUACUUUAUAUCCAUUGCUCGAAUGGUCUGGUCGCGUGAUCCGACGAAUCCCCUUCAGUACACACCGAUACCAAUCAAGGACGAAAAACUGCCCCUGGGACUCGCUGCACCUAGUGCUUGCUUCCUUGGACGGAUGUUCCUUCGAGGUGAAGGUGUGAAGGCCGAUCCUGCGUUGGCCAAAAUGUGGUUCGAACGGGGCGCUGAGCAUGGCGAACGAGAAUGUCAAAACGGACUCGGUAUCAUUUGGCGGGACGGACUUAUUCCGUCCAUAAAACCAGAUCUGAAGAAGGCCAUGGCAUAUUUUCAAGCUGCUGCAGGUCAAGAGUUGGCCGAGGCUCAGGUUAGCGUUGCCAAGCAUCACUUUGCUCGAGGCGAGAUCAACUUUGCCGUCACCUUGUUUGAGACCGCCGUACUAUACGGUUCACCUUUCGAAGCAUACUACUAUCUGGGCCAAAUCCACUCUGUGCAAGCGACUAAUUCAGCCAUCCCUCCAGCAAUCGCAUCUGGGUCCUGCGCGAUGGCUGUUUCGUUCUACAAACUAGUGGCCGAGCGGGGUGUCUGGGGUGACGAUCUUCUGGAAGAUGCCGAGACGGCUUGGACGACCGAAACGGAUCGAGGCAAGGAAAUGGCUAUGCUCAAGUGGUGGAUUGCUGCAGAGCGGGGGUCUGAAAUCGCUCAGAACAAUCUUGCUCAUGUCUUGGAUCAAGACCGAAGUAUCCUGCGCCUGACUCGUUUUUCGCCGAACACACCUUCAAACGAGACUGCUCGACUGGCGCUGUCUCAAUGGACUAGAGCUGCUGCCCAGCGGAACAUCGAUGCACUAGUUAAAGUCGGGGACUACUACUACCACGGCCUGGGUGUCUGGGAGCAGACUGAAGCAGCUCGUUUCGAGAAGGCUGUCAAGUACUACCAAUCGGCAGCCGAUACCCAACAGAGUGCGUUGGCCAUGUGGAAUCUGGGCUGGAUGUACGAAAACGGUGUCGGGGUUCCUCGAGACUUCCACCUGGCAAAGCGUCAUUAUGAUAUGGCACUCGAAACUAAUUCCGAAGCCGCAUUCCCCGUCUACCUCUCCCUGAUCAAACUGUAUCUGCGCAGUUUCUGGCAUAGUUUGAUGGGGGGUCAAGGCGGUCUGAGCAUCUGGUCUUCCGACGAAGAUUCAGACCGUUCGGUCAAAGCGCCUGUCCAGCAGGUCCCUGCUAUCGACGAUCAUGCUCCUCCUGCAGAACAGGAACGAAAAUAUGUCGAAGAAGACGAUGGGCCCUGGUACAUGGGCAAGGCCAAAGAUGAGUUUCUGCGCAGAUCCAAGGAGCCAUCAGAGGAUGAGGAUCCAAUCCAGUGGGCGCGAGACCGACGGAAUGAGCAAGAGAGGGAAAGAGAAAGAGAUAGUGAAUUCCCAUCAGAUGAUUUCACCGCUCGACGAGGAGAUGACGAUGGUCAAGAGUACGAGAGUGAGGAUUUUUCGGACACCAUCCUGCUCAUGCUCCUGUGUCUGGCUGUGGCCGUGCUUGUCUAUGUGAGAACGCGAAUCGUAGAUCGGAUGCGGAGAGACCAACAGCCCCAGCCGGCAAACAAUGCUCCCGCGCCCGGGAUGUUCCCUCCUCCGGGUCCAGAACAGGACAACUGGGCCGUACUACGAUGAGAGCUAUCAUCAAUGCAUUGUAUCAUUAGUCCUAUCACUCCAACGGUCGUGUACCCUUAGAAACAGUACUUAUAUCUGGCGGAUAAUCUGGAACGUUGGAGUCAACGACCGAAGUGGCGGCCCGACAUAGCGAAUGUCCCACGCUUCCCCCUUUAGGCCUAAAGUGACGCUCUCACGUGCCAAGCAUCCGUUCCUCCUCAAACACUGAAACACUACUUUCAUCGCCAGCAACUCCUUCGUGGCAUAUCUAUUCUUUGAAAGUGCCACUAUGUCCUACGAUUUUGAGGGCCUGGAGCCCCUUAUCGAAGAAAUUCUCUCUGCCCCCGGCACGGACCUCGCGACUAUCAGUGCAAAACGCGUCAGGAAGCAGCUCCAGGUCCUGGACCCCGCUAUCACGGAGGAGUUCCUCAAGGAGAACCGGAAGGCAAUAGACAAUGUCAUCUCUCGCGUGUUCGGCCAAAAGUUCAGCGCGGACAGCCCUAAAUCCGAGCCCGACGAGACCGAGGUGCAGUCUGGCCCGAGCUCGCGCAAGAGGCGCCAAAGCGAGGAUGCCGAUGUCGGGGACGAGGAGGAAGAGACGGACGACAAUCCGGACGCGGAAGAAACUCGGCAGCCUCCCGCGAAGAAGGCUAAGAAACUCGCGAAGCAGGAGAUGAGCGACGCGGAAUUGGCGCGCCAGUUGUCGAGCGAGAUCAACGGCAGAGCAAGACGUACCGGGAGCAAACCGAAAGCGACGUCGGGCACAUCACCGAAGAAGCGGAAGACGAAGACGAAGACGAAGAGCGCGGAACGGGUGGUGGAUUCCGAGGACGAGAGCGACGAGACGCAAACGAAACGUCCAUCGAAGCGGAAGUCUAGUGAAGGAGGCGGUGCGAAAGGAGGGUUCGCAAAGCUGUAUCUGCUGAGUGAGCCGUUGGCCGCCGUGCUGGGAGUCCCGUCGCUCUCUCGUCCACAAGUUGUCAAGCAACUGUGGGUGUACAUCAAAUCGAACGAACUGCAAAAUCCAAAAAACAAACGAGAAAUCUUAUGCGAUGGCGCGCUGCGUGCCGUGUUUAACGCGGAUAAGAUUGACAUGUUCAAGAUGAACAAAGUUCUGGGGCAGCAUCUGCACGAGAGCGAAUAGCAUUUGUAUCUAAUCUGAAUGCAACAGUUGCACAGAAAAACAAAAGUUCUGAAAUCGUCCUUCCCUCAAGUCUGACUUGGGAGUCUGCCGAAAUCCUCGCGCCUGAAGCCAGUUCUUUUGUUGCAUGCUGACCGAGUUUUAUGACGCGCUAGAGCGUCGGCCCACGACAGUUUUUUGUUGCAGAUGGAGCACACCCAAACUUUGCUAGUUUUGUUUGCAUCCGCCACGUGCCGCCUCAUGGUGCUCUUACGUUUGAAGACAAAGUUUCAGCCGGAGAUGGUGCAAGGGUGCCCAUUUCCCCCGGCUUCCGCUGGCCACUUCGGCUUCGGCUCGACCGCCCUUGGGACGGGGAUGAAAGCCGCCGAGCCUGAGAAAGCUCCGCUCUCAGAAGAACUCGGUGGAGCGUCGUGUCAGAGCACGAGCUGAGAGAGCUCUAUGAAUCUAUUGAUACUCCAGAGCUGGGCGGUAUUGGCGCCGCUCUCUGUGGCGCCUAUACUCCAGCGCAUGGACCAGUGACGACGACUCUGGCAAGGCUGCGCCAAUCCGUAUAAUCAGAAUCUCGAUCUUGUCGAGGAAUUGAGUCUCCUACAGCAGUUACGCCCACUCGAAACCUCAGCUACAGUCCUGCUCGUCGUAGUCUGUUGGUUCGAGUAAUCUCUUUGAAAGACAUUCCUGCGUUGGAUGGGGUGAUGACGUUAGAUGAGUGAGAGAUUGAAGCGUUCGACGUGCGAUCUCACCACGCCUCUCCCGGACGCCUUGGUCUCGGCUUGUUCUCCUGUUACAUGCACGUGCGUAGUCACAGAUGUCCUCGAUACGGGCUCUCGAUGAGUGAGCCACAGAGUCCGGGACUUGACAUCUUCCGGAUACUGGUCUCGACAUCGUUAUUCAACUUCCAAAGUGACAUAUUUUAGCGCGGAAAAUGAUCAGAUCGAGUCCAUAACAAGGGCCCAGCCACCUAAAUCGUCUCGCCCCCAGCAAUAGGGGUGAUCUUACGCUCCUAGUCCAUCUUGAGUAGCCGCGGGACGCUGUGGGAGAGAGCGGGCGAUACCUAUCUCCCAGCGGUGUUCUGUGAUUUCUGGGAGUCUGCGAUGCCCGGAGUCUCCCAAAACCUGGUGCCGGUACCGCCAGAUGUGCCUGGUCGAUACGACGAGAGUUCAGCAACAAGAAAGACCCUCUGGAGCGCUGUGCCUAGGCCGAUGUGGUAGGAGAAGGCAUAUCCUAAUCACGGUCGUAGGUCGAUACUACUAGGCGACGGCCGAUCGCACAUUCAUCUGGUCAACUAACCUCCGGCAACAAGCAUACAUGCACCAGGAACUGCUCCGUCUGUACUCUGGUAGCAGUUUCAGCCUCUCUGGGGCCAUGUAAGAACUCAAGGUCUGGUGGUGGACUUCAGUCAUUCAGCGGCGCUCGAUGGCGUGGCGUGGACCGCGCGUGACAUCCGAAAAGCUGCAGCUUUCGUACGAAUCAAAUACGAAAGCCUGGCCGACGCGGGGAUCCUUGCGCAGACCGAAACAAUGGGCUGCCCAGCUCCUUCUCACGGACGGCCGACGGUUACCGUUUUGAGCCACAAAGUGUCCCUGGUGACCUCAAUCCGCCUAGUUCAAGGAGCGCUUUCCCUUGCAUCUCCCAUCCAUGAAUUUCCCCUUCGCCAGGUUGCCCUUGGAGCUGAUCCUGGAAGUCGUCCGGAUCGGUGCUUCACCCGGCUGUUCCAUUGCGUUGCACCAUCCGUCGUAUGCCACUGCGAUUUCUCUGGCCUCGACAUCGUCUAUGCUGCGCUCUAUCGCGAUGCCGCAUCUCCUACGCACGGUAGUGCUCUGCACGACCGACCACGUCAUUGCGUUCAUAGAUUCUAUCGUGCUGCAGAGAAAACUACUCGCAAUGAAGCCGGCUUCCCGCUUGGCGCUCGAGUAUCCACGGCUGGUGCGUCGGUUCUGGUGCACAGAGUGCGCGGAGCGGCACCCCUUCUCUGCGGGCUUUGAUCUGGACUACGGCGCUCUGUACUCAGUUCUGCGCAAUCUCGAUUGCCUGGGACUCGACUUCCGAGCGAUGCAUCUCCUGUAUAACAGUCUCGCGAGUCCAGGCGCCGAUCCUCAGUAUGACUGGCUCUGCCGGCGUGUCGUCUUUGCUGGCAAGCACCCGCGAUGGAAUCCACUGAAGAUGUCUGCGGGUGGAACUCACUUCUUUUCGCAUAUAACCCACAUAUCGUUAUGGAUACACGACGCUGCCGACUUGUCCGCCACAAACUCGAUCCCUACUUGGCUCCAAGAUGUCCCUCUCACAGCUAUGCCGAAACUGACUCAUAUGGCCGUUCUCCUGGACAGCGCCUCCGAUCCCGAGUGCAGUCCGGGCAGUGUAUUGGUGUGUUCCAGAGACAGCACCGGCAGACCGAGUUUUCAGUCGCAGCAAGAUCUCCUCGCUCUCUACCCCGUUCACGACAUGACAGUGAAGCCGCGCGCCAGCGCUGCAGGGGACUCGGGAUGGGAGUUUUCAUUCAUGCGUGGUGAAGACGAGGUCUGUUGGACGUGCAUUGAGUGACAAAUGGAAGCGUUGCAUCUUGAGUAGCGUUGAAAUUCACGCCUUUACUUCGCCACCAGUCGCGAGCAGCUUCGCCUCCUCCAAUUGCAUCCUCGAGAG